AUGGAGGUGGAAAACAUUAAUGUGGAAGAAUUCCUACCCGCUAAAAACCCAAUAAAACUAAAAAACCUUAAACGAUCUGCCAUAUCGGAAUCUGGCGAUGGCAUGGAGGUAGAACAACAUAAUGGAGACGAAACGGUACCCAAAAAGAGGAGGCCGAAGGGAAAGCGUUCCAAGAAAGGUGCUGAACCAAACGAAAGUAAAGUUAAUAUGAGAAAAGUAGCUGUCCCUCCUCACAGAUAUACACCACUAAGAGAGAAUUGGCUAAAAAUAUUUACACCUAUUGUUGAACAUUUGCUACUUCAAGUGAGGUUUAACACAAAGUCAAGAAAUGUGGAAAUAAAAAUUGGACCAGAAACAAAAGAUAUAUCCAAUUUGCAAAAAGCUGCUGAUUUUGUUAAGGCCUUUAUCUGUGGAUUUGAAGUAGAUGAUGCAUUAGCUUUACUCCGUCUAGAUGAUUUAUUUGUAGAAACCUUUGAAAUAAAAGAUGUAAAAACACUACAAGGAGAUCAUUUGGGCAGAGCUAUUGGAAGGUUAGCGGGUAAGGCUGGUAGAACAAAGUUUACUAUAGAAAAUGUCACUAAAACAAGAAUUGUUUUGGCUGAUUCAAAAAUUCAUAUAUUGGGCAGUUAUCAAAAUAUUGCACUGGCAAGAAGAGCUAUAUGUAACCUUAUUAUGGGAUCACCUCCUUCAAAAGUGUAUGGUAAUUUAAGAAAUGUAGCAAAAAGGGUUGCUGAGAGAUUUUAG